GACCUGGUUGUUGCAUUCCAUAGAGGCUUGUCCUGCAGCAGCUCCACACACAGCCAGCCCUGCGCUCGCUCUGCUUCUGUGCUACAGAGAGACGAUAUGUGCUGAGCCCGUUCAGAGAAAGGCACUGCACUCCAGUAGAGACAGCUAUUAAGAGACUCGCAGACGCCAUUAGCACCGUCCCAAGCUGAAGGAACAGCUUGUUUUGGCUUAACAGAGAGAACCUGGAGCGCAGUUAGCCAUUUUGCUAAGCAGCUAAAUCGCCAUCGUUUUGCUUUGUAGACACACAGCAGGCUAGCCGCAGACACCAGCGCAGAGGAAAUGAAGGACAAACAAAAGAGAAAGAAGGAGCGGACCUGGGCUGAGGCGGCUCGCAUGGUGUUGGAGAACUUCUCCGAUGCACCCAUGACUCCCAAACAAAUCCUCCACGUCAUCCAGACCAAGGGGCUGAAGGAGAUGCGGAGUGGCACCGCUCCUCUAGCCUGCCUGGUCACCAUGCUGCACUCCCAGGUGAGAGGAGACCGAGUCAAAAACAGCAUCUUCUUCAAGCUGCCUGGACGUAUGAGCCUGUUUACUCUCAAGAAGAAUGCCCCCCAGUGGUCAAAGACAACAUCAGAGACGGAUACAACAACAGAGGCCACUGGAAGCACCGCUCAUUCCUCCAGCGGCAGCAAUCCUGCGGCGGGCUCGGCUGUAGGAUCAUCUGGACCCACUGAAGCAACCGAGCAGGAGAGCUGCGACUCCACCGAGACCAAUGCUGCGAGCGGAGACAAUGAUGCUUCCGUGGACGAAAGCUCGUCCAGCGCCUCCUGCUCCGCCGAGCCACCGCCUGUCAUCAACCAGCCACAGACCCGCCUCAGCAGGUCAGCAGGACAGCAGGGACGUACAGAAGCACAGCAGGCCCAACAUGCUCCACACGCUCAGACCAGACUGAGCCGCUCAAGACAGUCAGGGAGGCAGAGGAAGAAAGCCGUCAUGAUGCCUCGUGUUGUCCUCACUCCUCUUAAAGUGAACGGAGAGCACGUCCCCUCAGGUCCCAUGAAAAGGAGUCGAGGAGGAGUGGACGUCGACUUUGAAACACCGGGCUCCAUCCUGGUCAACACCAACAUCAGAGCUCUCAUCAAUGUGCGGACCUUCUCAGCCUUCCCCGCACACUCGCAGCAGCAACUUCUGCAGCUGCUUCCGGAGGUGGACCGACUGGUUGGAUCUGACGGUAUGGCCCGGUUGAGCAGCUCAGCUCUCAACAACGAGUUCUUCACCCACGCCUCGCAGAGCUGGAAAGAGAGGCUGGCUGAGGGGGAGUUCACCCAUGAGAUGCAGGUUCGAUUCAGACAAGAGAUGGAGAAAGAGAAGAAGGUUGAAGCAUGGAAGGAGAAGUUCUUUGAGGAGUAUCACGGGCAAAAGUCCGGCCUGACGAAGGAAGAGUCACUCAAGCUGACCGCAAGCGAAGCCAGUGAAGUUGCAGCGACUGUGCUGGAAAGUGACGUUGCUGUGGUUGCAACACCGAAGAGACGCAGCGUAGGUCGAAGGAGGAGAGACGGGCGGAUGAGGAGACGCACACGGGCUGAUCUGCGGCGCAGGGCUCGCCGGACCCUCUGCAAGACCACACCUCCGGCCCUGCCAGCCCCAGAGACACCAGAGGCCAGCGCCGCUCUGGACAUCUCUGCCGUCUCCAUCGGCUCUCCCAUGUCCGACAACACAGUGGUGCAAGGGGAGGUCGAGCUGCAGACCGAGUGUGGGGUGGAGCUCCCGGCAGAGAGCCCAUCCAACGAGCCAAAGCCUUCUCCAACUCAAGAGCCGGUCGAGUUACCGGCUCCGGCUCCCACUCCCACUCCCACUCCCACUCCCACUCCAACUCCAACUCCAACUCCAACUCCAACACCAACACCAACUCCAACACCAACUCCAACACCGACUCCAAGCCCCAGCCCGAGCCCUGCCUCCACCAGUGCCAACGAAGAACAAGAAGUCACCGCCCGCCUGCUCCCAGAGGAGGCUGCACCCGCUCUUGCUUCCACCUCCUCCCCCUCCUCCUCCUCUUCGUCUUCUUCAUCUGCCUCCUCACCAGCCUCCUCCCCCUCCUCCCCUUCAGACAGACAAGGAGCCUUUGCAGCAGGCUUGGACUCUUCUUCGUCCUCCUCGGCGUCAUCGAGUGCUGCAGUUGCAGCCGAUCCCCUGGAUGACACCGCCUCCGUGGUCACCUCCGUCACAGGAGGCACCGCCACCAGCAGCCGUGAGAGCAGCCCCUCAGCCAGCCCAGCCACCACCCCCGUCCCCAGCUCCCAGCCCAAGGAGAAGAGGAGGCCCGAGGAGGCUCAGGCCUUUUCCAGCUUUCCCGAAAAGAGGCCGCGGCUGGAUGAUCGUCAGUCCUUUCGUACCACAAUUGACGGUGUCCGCACAGAGAAGCCGCAGCCGACAACCGAAGAGCCUAAGGUGCCGCCAAUCCGGAUUCAACUGUCCAGAAUCAAACCUCCCUGGGUCAAAGGCCACCCCACCUACCAGAUCUGCCCAAGGAUCGUGCCCCCCGGCGAGGGCUCGCGGCGGUCGGGGACGGGGGGCGCGCGCACCUUGGCGGACAUCAAAGCCCGCGCCCAGCAAGCCCGCGCCCAGCGGGAGGCCGCUGCUGCUGUUGCAGCCACUGGCGACGGGACAGGGACGGACGGGGUCCGGCUGCGGCCUGCUGCUGGGCUACCGGAUAGCAGCAAUGGACGACGAGCGCGAGAGCAUCCAGGACCUAUCGAGCCCGGAGGAGGAGGAGGAGGAGGAGGAGACGGAGGAGGAGGAGGAGGAGGAGGAGGAGGAAGAAGGGGAGGUGGUGGGAUGGAGGAGCAGGGAUCGUCUACGAGCGCUAAUCCGUCUGGAGCACAACUACAGCUUCACAAUGUAGAACCUGGGCCCCAGCCUUCUCCGUCUCUGUCCACCACCUCCACCUCCACCUCCACGUCCCUGGAGCCCCCGCAGACCCCGAGUCCUCCUCUAGAGGACACCGCUGGAGGAGCAGAUACAGGAGAGGAGACAGAGACAACAUCCACCAGUGUACAGAGCUCCUCCAACGGACUGGAGAAGGCAGCUGAGUCGUCCUCUCCAGAGUCUGAUGCUGUUUCAAAGUCCCCUGCUGCCCUGUCAGCUAGACAGAGCCGGGUUCCUGAGUCUGCAGCUGUUCCCUCAGAGAGAGCAGACCAGGGUUGUGAAAAACCCCUUCUGGUCCCGACCUCCAUCCCAGAUUCCCUCCCCAGGUUCGGUGCUCAGGGUGUGGAUGUUAUUCAGACUCUUGCCAGCUCCUGUCAUCCCAAAGAGAAGCUGAAGGGCAAGGAGUCUGGUCUGGGUGGAGUCAUCCAGCACGGUUCUCAUCAUGUGGAUACCCAUGACGUGUUUUCUCACUCAGCGACAGAGAGAAAGCUAACGAAUGCAUCCUCACCCCGACACAUGGACUCUUCUGAGAAAGACUAUGAGGCUGGGAAUCACAGCGACUCCACAGAAACCGCUUCAGACUGUGAGAACGAGAGCCAGGAAGAUGAUCAGCACCCAGACCAGGACUGGUGCCCCCAACUGAGCAAGCCCAGAAACGGUCAACUGGUCAUCUGCAGCCCUCCUCCUCCGCCUCAGAACCAGCAGCCGGUCAUCCAUGCCCACGUAUCCAGCCGCCAAGGCCAGACCGUCAUCCAGCCCUGCUUCCCAAAUGGUCUACCCCACCCCCAGCACAGCCGCCCCCACUCCCAGGACCACCAGGCUCUUUCGACCAGGGACUCCAACGUUGUGGUCAAAAUGGAGCCUGGAGAAGACUGCAGAGUGUCCCGACAGAUCUCUGCUGAAGACGAGUGUCCUGGAGGUUUAAAGCUCUCUCUCUCUCACCACAGUUCUUCUGCAACCUCCAAGAGACUGCCAAUCUCAGCCAGACCAGUAUCCAGUGUGGAGGCCAACAACCCCUUGGUCACUCAGCUGUUACAGGGCAGCCUGUCCCUGGAGAAAGUUCUGCCUGCUCACUCUGCUAACAGGUUAGAGAUCAGCCGGCUGCCGGGACCCCAACCCAGACCACCAAUAGCAAGGACCCCGGGGUCACGAGGCAGGCCGGAGAUCUUAGCCCAGUCCCUGAGCCCUGAUCUAACUGUGAACAACAACAAGUCUCCACCAGGCCGCCUGGUCUCCUGUCUGAUGGAGACGCCCGCGGUGUCUCAGUAUCAAUCCCAGCAGGCUCCAGGAGCAGUCCCAGUCAUCACCUCGGUGCCCCCCUCCUCCUCCUCCUCCUCGAAUUCAAUCUACAGAAGUAAACUAGACCUCAGCUCUCACACCGCCCUGGAGUCUGCAGUCAUCAAAGACUCUCACGGUCCUCAGCCCUCGCAGGGAGACCGGCCACAGAACUCCCACCGCACCCUGCAGAACGGCCCCUCUCCUGCCCAUGCAGACCCGUGUCCCACAGAGGUGGUGCCGACUAUCAAGAUCAACUGGCGCCCCCCUCAGUCUCAGCUCUCCCACCUUCACCAACAGCAGCUGUCUCCGGCGUCCUCUGUAAAGAACGAAGCGGGCACUCGGCCAUCCUGCCAGGCUCUCUCCAAAUCCUCCCCCAUCAAACCCCUCAGUGUUACCAAAAAGGAGCCCAUCAUGGACGGCUACCUGAGCGGUGGGGCGAUGGAGGGACUCCUCAACAUGGAGAUGACUUUAGCCAGGAUGGCGAAGAAGGAACACAUCAAAGGUCCCUACUCCACCUCCUCCUCCUCGUCCUCCCCAUCACCCUCCUCUUCUCUUCCCUUCCAGCUGUACGGGAAGCUCCCGAAACAAGGCGGAGGAGUCAGCUACACGGCCAAUGUGUCGGUGAUGGACAACGGUGGUUUUACCCGCAGCAUGGCGGACGGUGUUCUCCAGCUUCGCCCUCGCUUGGCCGCCACCCAGGCCACCCUCAGCAUCCAGGCCUUUACUGACAGUACGGCCGAGGAGGUGGCGCUCAAGUGCUCGUGCCGCCUUAAAGCCAUGAUCAUGUGCCAAGGCUGCGGUGCCUUCUGCCAUGACGAUUGCAUCGGGCCCUCCAAACUGUGCGUGUCGUGUCUGGUGGUCAGAUAGUAUGUCGGCGUGCCUGUGCGCUGUAGGACUGAGACCUGUACAGCAUCAGCAUCAGGACUGAGGGGCUCCAUGUACAGAACAUAGAACGAGCCUGACAGGCAGGAUUUGCCUUGUAUGAUAUAUUUGGUCUGUAUUUUUUGUUGUUGCAGAUUUUCAGAUUUUUUUUAGCUGUAUUGAUAUAUUAUUAUUAUUAUUGUUAUUAUUAUUAUUAUUAUUGUUGUCGUUAUAAUUAUUGUGAAUUCGGGGCAUGAUUGAUUGUAAAUUGUGCCUUUUUUUUUUCUCUCCUCAAAAAACAUUUACCUCAUCUUAUCUCGCUCCACCUGUCAUCAUUUGGUGGCCAUCAUUGUUUUGGUCCCUUGUUUCCUCAGUGAACAAGGACGUAUUGUUGUCUCUUUGCGCAAAGAAGUAUUUUUUUAACCAUUAAAAUGAGUAAAUGACA